GAAAUUUUCACACGUUUGUCACGUGAAAUCUGUCACUGGACUGUUGGGUUGACCUGUAUAUCGGAGAACGUUCGACGCAGCCGUCCUAUCCGCCACCGGGCAGAUCCUUCACCGCCACCACCACCGACGCCACUUCACUUACUACUCUUGUGUCUGAUUCACCUGUGCAACCGGUCUGUUCCACACGAAGACAUCUUACUCUCUGUGACUGGUACCUUACUCAACAUUGUGCGUCAUCGUUCUAUUUCCAGCCAAGUGUCUCUUUGGUGGACUUCACCUUCUUCACAGAUGCAGGACGGGUUGUUUGUGUCACCAGCAAUCGCCAGACAAUCUCAUUCUUGCAUGGAGCGAUCCUCCAGCCUCUCACGCCUCCCGGUUUUAGACACCGCUCCCUCACUCACCACAACCGAUGACUGGAUACACGAUGAUAGCGCUCAUCACAUUUCUCGUGCAGGUCGUGCUCACAGCUCGGAUCGUCAGGAAUCUUGUCUCAUUCCCUAUUCAAACAACGACGCCAGCGUUGCGGAGACUUUGGUGACUAUCCUACUCCGGACAUGGCGAUGCCGUCCUGGAACCUUGGGCCUCCGCUUGUUCACUCGCACCUGCUGUCUACUCGCCCUCUUGUGUGAAGCUCUUCCACCGGACGUGCUUCUAUCCCAUUCCCUGCUGUCAAUCUUCUGUCAGCUGUCCGACUGUCUUCAUCGACGAUCCAUUUGUAGCACUUCUUCGAGUAUCCAGCUCCCCAAUUCCCGGUCGGAUGCGGUCGAUCACUCAGCCACGUUGCUUGAACUAUCAUCGGAACGCAGAGCAAGGCAGCUCUCUGUUCUGCGUUGCUCUUUAAGGUGAGCACACAACCGUUGUCCGCGCUAUCGUGAGUGUUCUUUUUCCUCAAGCGCCGUACUAC